CCCACUCAAAGAGACAACUUUUCUUUGUCCUGUCCUGAAACUCUAUUAAUGUUGUUGUCAUCUGCAGCUUGCAACUCGAGAGAUAAUCAACAAACAAAAGAAUAUGAACUUGCUAGUUCUUGCUUGUGCACUAGCAUUUCUGUCAACUUCGUAUCUUGGUUGCCAAGGCACUGAUUUGUCUGAGGACUCUCGAAAUAAAACAUGCAUUGCUGGUGAAAAGCAAGUGUUGUUGGACUUGAAGAAAAUUCUCAUCGACCAAGAUAAAUGGCUGGAGUCGUGGGUCGGAGAUUAUUGUUGUUCAUGGCAGGGGAUUGGUUGCGACAAAGACGGACAUGUUACUGAGCUUGAUGUUGGAGAUUGCUCCUCGAAAGGUUCGAUUCCAAAAACUAUAGGGAAUUUGACAUUUCUUACCACUCUUACACUCAGUCAGAAUAAUUUCCAGGGCUUGAUUCCCAAGUCCAUCGGAGAUUUGAAAUCACUAGUUACGCUUGAGCUUUCGUUUAAUAAUUUAAGCGGUCCUCUGCCAGAAUCUUUUUGUCGAUUGUCGAAGUUGGAAAAAUUGGAUGUUGGUGAUAAUCAACUGAGUGGAACCAUUCCAAAAUGCAUUGGACAACUAUCAACUCUGAAAUGGCUGGAUCUUUUUCAAAAUUCAUGGGAGGGUGUAUUAUCAGAGCAACAAUUGGUUAAUCUCACAAGCCUUACUUUCUUGAGUAUUUCUUCUAAGUCCAAGUUGGUGUACCAUGUUAGCUCUGAAUGGAUUCCUCCGUUUCAGCUCCAAGGUUUUACCAUAGAGAACAUGAGGGUUGGCCCCGAAUUCCCUCCGUGGCUACUAACACAGGAAGAAUUAUUACUGCUGAAGAUGUCAAAUUCAAGCUUAGUAGGCACCAUCCCGGCUGAUUGGUUUGGGAAUCUCCUAUCUCAUGCUGUGCAUGUUGAUCUAUCUUAUAAUGACAUCAGUAUGGCGCGCCCUUCAUUUAUCUCCGCUCCAAAUAAUUUAUCUACAUUACGACUCUCAAAUAACCGCUUGUCAGAUGAAUUUCCUGCAUAUAUAUGCAAUUUUUCAUCUCUGACAGCUUUACUUCUCUCUGACAAUAAUUUUACUGGAGAGCUCCCACGGUGCUUAGGAAAUUUGACACAACUCGAGGAACUUGAUGUGAUGGACAACCAUCUCUCUGGUCAUGUUCCAGAUGUUUUCGGCUCUCUGGAACGUCUCAGUUAUCUAAAUUUUUACAACAACAGUUUUGAAGGGAAACUUCCUCUGUCUUUCCAGAAUUUGACACAACUGCUGAUAUUCGAUGUGGGAAAUAAUAAUUUCAGAGACGCUCUUCCUACCUGGACCAGCCAGCAAAUACCUUAUCUUACGUAUAUAGGACUCCGAGCCAACCACUUCUAUGGUACUAUUCCUAUACAGUUGUGCAACUUCUCAUCAAUUCAGAUCAUAAACCUGGCAAGAAAUCAUAUCACCGGAAACAUUCCUCAAUGUUUUAACAAUUUAACUGCCAUGACCACAAACGAAACAGGAAUACGGUACUAUUUUGGUGACACUUUGGUUGGGGGUAAAGUGCUGAUAGAUGAUGUGAAAGGAUAUGAACUUAAGUACACAUCUACCCUUGAUUUUUUCUAUUCCAUCAAUCUAUCAGACAAUAACAUCAGCGGAGAGAUUCCAGAAGAGUUGAUGGAUCUUCGUAAUCUAUUGAAUCUGAAUUUAGCAGGUAAUAAUCUAGUUGGAAAGAUCCCUGCCCGGAUUGGGAAAAUUGAACAACUGGAAUUUCUUGAUCUCUCCAGAAAUAAACUUUCUGGCCCUAUUCCACAGAGUCUAUCAGAAUUGAAGUUUUUGGUCCGCUUGAACCUCUCUUUCAAUGAUUUAUCAGGGAGAAUACCCACUGGAAACCAACUCCAGACCCUUGACAAUCUCUCCUCCAUCUACGCUGGCAACAAUCAGCUCUGUGGCCGGCCUAUUCUGAAGCUCUGCUCUGGUGAUGCCAAACCACAUGAAGGUCACGACUACGAGAAAGACAACUCUGAUAAUGAUUCAGAUUCAGACGAGCACGUGUGGUUUUACGCAGGGAUAGGUCCAGGUCUUUUGGUAGGGUUUUUGGGAUUUUGCUCUAGUUUGCAUUACAUGAAAUCUUGGAGGCAUAGUUACUUUAACUUUGUCGAAAUGGUCUUAGACAAAAUCGCGGUUUUCAUUGCCUUGUCGUGGAAAAAGUUCUAUAAGUAACAGGUGAAGUGAUAUUAAUCUUGCUUCCUCUCCCUCACAGAGGUAGAAAGAAACUUGUAAAGAAUGUCAGUAUUUCUGCUCCUGCUUUCUUAACAGUUUUUAGUUCUCUGAAAUUGUAGUUUCUAAUACUAUUCAAUUUCCUGGCUACUAAAUUGUAGUUCUUUGCAUAUAUGCGAGGAUUGUCUCGAA